GUGGCUCUUACUCUGUUUUCUUCAUCACAGUCAUUUCUGCAGGGGAAUACAAUACGAGUGACAACAUGAAUAAGCUGCUGGUUAUUACUGUGCUGGUUGCACUCCUCGCUCUCAGUGCUGAAAGCUUCCGUGUGACGAGGCAGACUGAGGAGGAGCAGGGGACCCUUACCAAGAUCACCGAUACCGUCAAGUCCUACUAUGACGAAGCCAUCAACACUGCCAGUGGAUACCUGGAUAGCAUCAGGGGCCUGAAGCUCGAGGAGAAGGCAAAGAAUCUUUACACCGACACCACUACAGUCGUGAGCACCUAUGCUGGCAUAGUGCAGGACCAGCUUUACCACAUCUUUUACCAACAACAGUAA